AGAGGAGCCACAAUUUGCCCACAUUUCCCCAGCAGUCCGACACCGAGGCGCUUCCCAGUCCGUGAAACAAGCAGAACCUUUUUAUUUGGACCCGUUCGGUUGAGCCGGCAGGGGGGAAAAAACUCCCGAACCGUCCCCGGGACCCGGUUUGUUUGCUCCUGGUUCCUGCGCGCAGGAGCAGCUGAGGGGGAUCUAAGUUAUUUCCAGCGGAUCAGGAGAGCCUGGAAGAUGGGUUCAGUCCCUGCGCUUUCUGCCCUGGUUUUGGGCAUCGUGGUUCCAGCCCUGGCCGGAUACAUGGAGGCUCUUGCUGCCAACGCGGGAACAGGGCUCGGUGCGGUGGAGCCACAGGUCGCCAUGUUCUGUGGAAAACUCAACAUGCACGUGAACAUUCAGACCGGCGGCUGGGAGCCCGACCCGUCAGGAACCAAAAGCUGCGUAGGAACCAAAGAGGGCGUGCUUCAGUACUGUCAGGAGAUGUAUCCAGAUCUCAAAAUCACCAACGUAGUGGAAGCCAACCAGCCUGUCCGCAUUGAUAACUGGUGUAAAAAGGAGAAGAAGGUGUGCAAAGGCCACGCCCACAUCGUGGUGCCUUACAUGUGCUUAGUGGGCGAGUUUGUGAGUGACGUCCUGCUGGUUCCAGAGAAGUGCAAGUUCUUCCACAAGGAGCGCAUGGACCUGUGCAUCAGCCACCAGCAGUGGCACGCCGUGGCCAAGGAGGCCUGCUCCAGGAGCUCCAUGGUACUCCAUAGCUACGGCAUGCUGCUGCCCUGCGACAUCGACAAGUUCCACGGCACUGAGUACGUCUGCUGCCCCGCCUCCCGCUUCGCAGAGUCCGCCGCCCCGGCCCUGCCCUCCCAGGAGGAAGAUGAUGACGAAGACGAGCACGUGGAGGAUGAGGACGUUGCACUGGGUGAUGGUGAGCCUCUGGAGGAAAGUGUGACUAAAGCUAAUAAGGAACCAAUUCAGAAGGAAGACGUUGUGGACGAAGAUGAAGAUGAGGAGGAGGAGGAGGAGGAGGAGGAGGACGAUGAGGACGAGUACCGCGACGUCUUCGAGGAUGAAGAGGCAAAAAUGAACGCAGAGGAAGAAGAAGAAGCAGCAGAAGAAGAAAAAGAAGAAAGCAGCAAACUACCAAAGAAAAUUAAACAGAGCCAAUCUCCUUUUCAUGAGGUCGUGGGCUCUAUCUGCUCCUUACCGAGUGAGACGGGUACCUGUCGCGCAUACUUUCCUCGAUGGUACUUCGACACGGAGAAGCGCAGCUGUCAGCCAUUUGUGUACGGUGGUUGCCGCGGCAACCCAAACAAUUUCCUAACAUGGCUUGAAUGCGUCAACAUAUGCGUUCUCAAAAUCUUUGAGCCUGCGGCCUGGUCCGACGAUGUGGACGUCUACUUCGAGACGCCGGCGGACGACAAGGAGCACGGCCGCUUCCAGAAAGCCAAGGAGCAGCUGGAGGUCCGGCACCGGAACCGCAUGGAGAGGGUAAGGAAAGAAUGGGAAGAGGCAGAUCGGCAGGCCAGGAACAUUCCCCGGGCGGAGAGACAGACCCUGGUCCAGCACUUCCAGGCGAUGGUGGAGUCGCUGGAGGAGGAGGCAGCCAGCGAGAAGCAGCAGCUGGUGGAGACUCACCUGGCCCGGGUGGAGGCCAUGCUGAACGACCGCCGCCGCGUCGCCCUGGAGAACUACCUGGCCGCCCUGCAGGCCGACCCCCCCAGGCCUCACCGCAUCAUGCAAGCGCUGAAGAAGUACGUCCGCGCUGAGAACAAGGACCGGCAGCACACCGUGCGCCACUACCAGCACGUCUUGGCGGUGGACCCAGAGAAAGCCGCGCAGAUGAAGUCUCAGGUGAUGACACACCUGCGGGUGAUCGAGGAGAGGAUGAACCAGAGUCUCUCUCUGCUCUACAAAGUUCCCUACGUGGCCGAGGAGCUGCAGGAUGAAAUCGACGACCUGCUCCAGGAGCAGAAGGCCGACAUGGACCAGUUCCUGUCCUCCAUCUCCGAAUCGCAGCCUGACGUCACUGUGUCAUCGGAGGAGAGCGUGGAGGUUCCAGUCCCCGAGGACAAACCGUACCGACCCAUCCAGGUCACGUCUCUGGGGGCGCGCUCGGAGCCGGAAGGCGACCUAUCAGACUCCCCACGUGCCUUCAAGAAAGGCUCCGCCAUGGCUGGUCUGGACGGUCUGAUCGGCGCCGAGGAGAGAGUCAUCAACAGCAAGCCGAAGAUGGGAGAAGACCUGGUGAUUGAUGAGUCUCUGGAUGUUAACGAAGUGGUUUACAGUGCUGAGAGAGUCAGCGUUAUGCAUGGUGAUGAGCUGCCCUACCGCCCCCUGGGAGAGGACUUCGGCAUCAGAAACACCAACACCGCGCUGAUCGGCCUGCUGGUGAUCGCCGUAGCCAUAGCCACUGUGAUUGUGAUCAGCUUGGUUCUGUUGAGGAAAAGGCAAUACGGCACCAUCAGCCACGGCAUCGUGGAGGUGGACCCCAUGCUGACGCCAGAGGAGCGACACCUAAACAAGAUGCAGAACCACGGCUACGAAAACCCCACCUACAAAUACCUGGAGCAGAUGCAGAUCUAACUGAGAGGGGGCGCCGUGGAGCCCACAGGGGGAACAUACUACUGACCAAUAACACACAACGCUAUUGUUAAAAUCCUUUGCGUACAUCCAAACUCCAUUUACUGGUUUGUUCAAAACAAUCCUUAAGUAAUGCUCCUACUUCUACUACUGUUGUACUAUAGAGCUCUUUUUGAUCUCAUGUCUGAUGUUUCUGCCAGUUCGCAAAAUAGAAAACAAUUUAUCUAUAAUUAUCGAGACGGAUCAAGAUGUAUAACAUUUCUUCUGACAUUUUUAUUAUGUGAAAAGCAAAUCAAACUAAUGUUUUUUAGUCAUCAAACUGGCACUGCAUUUAGUUUCUCCAUCAUGCAGACUCUGAUGGGUUUCAUUAAAUAAUUGGUGUUUUAAUGUGUUAUUUUUAAUCUCAAUAGAUUGCUUGUAUAUGAAGGUUCUUUGUACCAAUCAAAAUGUUUAGUGAUUAAAAAAACAAAUGGGGAGGAAAUAAAUCAUGGUUUACUUCUUUGCUUUGUUAUAAUAACAAAUAUACAUAAAAUGUUUAAAUAUACAUAAAUAUAUAUAAAAUUUGAUGUUUUUAUUCUACCUUUUCCAAAGGAAGAGAUUAUAAAUUGGUUUGGGUUUUAUUUUUUAUCCUUAUUUUUAUUCGGUGGUUCGAAUGUUUGCAGGCGUUGGAAAAGGUGAGCACCUGUGCAGACCUCCAGCUCAAACGCCAUUAUUGACUGAAUCUUUUUUUGCUUUAAUUGGUCAGAUUUUCCCGUGCCAUUAGUUCAUUAAAGUCUUGUGCAUCGGGACAAACUGUAUAUAUAUAUUUGAUCUGACACAGCAAGGCAACCAGACAAACUGUUUAUCUAAGCAAAGACAAAAAAAGAAAUCAUAAUAAAAAUGAGUGAAUGUGUUCAUUUACCACCUCAGACACACAAACUAGGGAUUUAUUUUGUUGAUAUUUAACUAAAUACUUUAAAAAUAUCCGAUUAUACUUUCUGUUAGAGUUGCAGUUUGGCCUUCAUCCAACAGAGGGCGCCAGUGGUCAUUCAUAAGCAGAGCCGCUGAUACAGAAAUAAAGAUGGCGGCAUCAGGGCGAUUCCUUACCGGUCCAAACAGAGUCCGGCGUGAGAUGCAAAAUGCACUUUGUGCGGUUCUGUUUUGAAAUAUAAACUUUAAUACUUUAACAGCCUGAAAUGGCGCAGCGUCGGCGCAUCAUGAAACAUGUUGGCCCUUACGAAAACACGGUCCGUUCUCUUGAUAAAAGAGAAAACUCAGGUUUUUAAGGAAAUGUCCGCUUAUCAAUUAACCGUUAUGCGAUCGAUAAACUCAAUCGAUAAACAAGAUCAACCUUUUGCUCGUCUGGUAGUUUUAAAAAAUCCGUUGUCCAAAUGGUACAUAGCUGAAUGUAUUCCUCCAUACUAUGUAUAUGAUGGGUUCCCCUGAAGCUGAUGAUCCAAUGAACGCCCAGAUCUCCACAGGUAGAUUUGCGGAAGCUGCAGCUGGAGAUCCAAACUGGGCUGAGAACCAACCCUGAAUUAACUGCACAAACAUUUAACGAUGCGAUUAACUGACCUGGAGGUCUGCGCAGGUCGUUUGUAUUUUUACAGGUAGUGAAUGAAACAAGUGAAUCCUAAUCCUCUAUCUUAGUAUCGUCUGUAUGCCUGUAUAGUUGAUGUUGCAAUCAUGGCUCUUUCUUUUUCUGUUUUUAUGAGGAUUUCUGUGGUGUGCAUUGUUCUUAUAUGAAAUCUGUUUAAUUUUAUUUUCCAGUUUGUUUUUCCUCUUUCUGUGGCAGUAUAUCUGUAUGUGACUGUCUCACUAUGCACCCAAACAGCUUCGAUCUCGUAACUGCCUGCUUGACUGUGGAAGAGGGUCAGGGGUCAUUGAUUAUAUUAUGCAUAUUAGUGAUUUAAAACUGAUCAACACCAAUGGAAACAGAUAUAAGAUUACAAGGGGUGACACAUCAAUAAACUCACAACAAACAA